AGGAAGAGAUUGCAGUACCGGUGUGAGACGCAAAGUGCUUCUGGAUUGUUUGCCUGUGUGUGCGGCUGCUGCGAGUCGAGAAGCCAGAGUAAGGAUUUGGUCAUAGUGAACUUAAAGAUACAGGUUUAUACGUAUCUUCUCAAGGCCUUAACAGGAUUGCACGCAGCACACUCUUUUCUGCUUGGCUGUGUGAUUGAGCCCUGCUGACUGAUUUACUGGCACGUGUGCUUUAUGCCUUUCACCCAGUGCUGCUGGGAUAAUAAUAACACAGAUCAUAUUAGAAAAGAAUUUCUUCAGAGAUUUGAAUGGACAGAGUGAGCAGAACUUUCUAGUCAUGCUUCAUUUUUGUUCAGGAGAAAUUCAAGUGAACAGCUCUCCCAUUGAUCACAGAAUGCCAGUGAAGAAGAAAAGAAAGUCAUCAGGUUCUGAAGAUACUGGUUUUCGAAAAUGCAAGAUUGCCAGCUUCUGCAGGACACAAGCACCUGCCCGGCUGAUAAAUUCAGAAGACAAUUUUUCAAGCAAGCGUUGCCUGUCAUGGUUUUAUGAAUAUGCAGGCCCAGAUGAAGUUGUGGGUCCAGAGGGCAUGGAAAAAUUUUGUGAAGAUAUAGGCGUGGAACCUGAAAAUAUUAUUAUGUUAGUUUUAGCUUGGAAAUUAGAAGCUCCCAACAUGGGAUUUUUCACGAAGGAAGAAUGGCUAAAGGGAAUGACCUUGUUACAAUGUGACUGCACGGAAAGAUUGCGGAGUAAAUUAGAUUAUUUACGAUCACAGCUAAAUGACACUGCAACUUUCAAAAAUAUCUACAGAUAUGCCUUUGAUUUUGCAAGGGAUAAAGACCAGCGCAGCCUGGAUAUUGACACAGCUAAGUCCAUGCUGGCUCUAUUAUUAGGAAGGACGUGGCCUCUUUUUUCAGUAUUUCACCAGUUUUUGGAGCAAUCCAAGUAUAAAGUAAUGAACAAGGAUCAGUGGUACAACGUCUUAGAGUUCAGCCGAACAGUUCAUUCAGAUCUUAGCAAUUAUGAUGAAGAUGGUGCCUGGCCUGUUCUUUUAGAUGAAUUUGUGGAGUGGCAAAAAGCUCGUUUAACAUUAUAGCAAACAUUGAGCACUUGAAUGGACUUUGUUUCAGUACUGUUCACACAAGUUCAAGGACAGAUGUUAGUCCAUGAGUCAUGGAUACAAUUUGAAAAAGACUCUUUGGUAUUAAUUUAAAAAGAAAAAGUGGCGAGAUUUUUUUUUUUUUUUUUUUUUUUUUUUUUUAAUCUUCAUUAUGUUUCUUUUUGUUCCAUUUUCUGUUGGGAUAAUGAUGACAAAUGAAGGUUUUUUUUUUAUGUUAAAAAAAAGGAAAGAAAUCUGUUUAUAGUAUGUUUUCAAGUAAAUAAAAUUUCAUUGUUCAAAGUU